CAUCUCCGUCUCCAAUCUCUUGGAGCGGUUGUCCCGUUAUUCGCUUCUUUUCUUUUUUUGUCAAUAGUGAGAGUAAUUGUUUUCUAGAUCAGGAAAAAUCAUCGUUUCGGCACAAUAGGCAUUGGCGGUGCAUGCCAAGCUAGCUAUCGACAUGUCGUAUACAUGAUAUAAAUGGAGAUAACAGCUUUCAUGUCGGUGGGCGAAAUUUGUCUCCAUUAUUAAUAAUAAUCGGGAAGAUUCUCACUGGUUUAUCAAAACGCAAGUAUGUCAGGAAAACAUUUCAACGUCCACGAAGUGGGCUGUUGUAUCAAAUACUUCAUAUUCGGAUUUAACAUUAUAUUUUGGCUGCUCGGGGUAGCUUUCCUGUCUGUGGCUCUGUGGGCCUGGAGUGAGAAGGGAGUUCUGUCCAACAUCUCCUCCAUCACAGAUCUGGGUGGGUUUGACCCAGUGUGGCUGUUUCUCGUGGUGGGUGGGGUGAUGUUCGUGCUGGGCUUUGCUGGAUGUAUUGGGGCGUUGAGAGAAAACUCCUUCCUACUCAAGUUUUUUUCCGUCUUUCUUGGAAUCAUAUUUUUCCUGGAGUUGACAGCAGGAGUCUUGGCAUUUGUCUUUAAAGACUGGAUCAAGGACCAGCUCAAGUUCUUCAUCAACAACAAUAUUAGAGCCUACAGAGAUGACAUUGACUUGCAGAAUCUCAUUGACUUUACGCAAGAUUAUUGGGAGUGUUGUGGAGCAUUUGGGCCUGAAGACUGGAAUCUGAAUAUCUACUUUAACUGUACCGACACAAAUCUGAGCAGAGAGAAAUGUGGUGUUCCCUUUUCCUGUUGCACCAAGGACCCUGCUGAGGACGUAAUAAACACACAGUGUGGAUAUGACAUUCGAGCGAAAAGUGACACUGAACAGAAGUUGUUUAUACACACAAAAGGAUGUGUACCACAGUUUGAGAAAUGGCUACAAGAGAAUCUAACAGUAGUUGCUGGAAUCUUCAUAGGAAUUGCACUUCUGCAGAUAUUUGGGAUCUGUCUAGCUCAGAAUCUCCUGAGUGACAUUGAGGCGGUCAGAGAGAGCUGUUUGUUCACCUGAAACGCUUGAGCCGUUCCGCAGACAGAGCUUUCAUCUUUCUGUCUCUCAGCAACAGAAUUGGCACAUUGUCAUUACAAUAACUUAGCAGCCAGUGAGGGAGUCCAUUCACAUACUUUCUUUAUUGCAAUGUGCAGUGACAUCCUAUUGAUUCCAUGAUAAUGGUGUCCAACGUUAGAUUUGUAUUAUAUUGAAUUCACCUCUAAUCCUCUGAUCCAAUCAUCAGACACAAAUUAAUUUAAAUAGUAUUAACAUGCUGACCCAACAUGCAAUUUCUAAAGAGUACCCACCCAUAAUGUUACAAUAAACAAAUAAGGGUGCAUUCUUUCAUUGCAUCUGCACUAUUUUUAAAUUGUUUGUCUAUGUAAAAGUACACUUUAAAUGUUGCAUUUUUAAGACGCGGUGUCAAGUUACAAAUAUUUAAACUUCUAAAAAGCAUGUCUGGAGAUCCAUGUAAUCAGUUUAUUUUCAUUGCACAUGAUGUGUGUAUGCCCCAUAACACAUUUCUGCCUUAUUGCAGUUGAUGCAGAAGAUGCAAUAGUGUUAAAGGUGCUGUCAGUCAUGUGUUUCCAUGUUUGUAGGCAAAUACAAACACACUCACUCAGAAUUUAAAGUCUUCGUAUACCCAAACAGAAUCUGCAAAUUAUUAUUUUUAUUUUUCAAAUUCUUUGCACUGAUUUUGUCGGCAAAUCAGUAGAAUUAUUUUAAAUUCUAUAAUAUGUGUUAAAAAUUUUCAGAUGACUUAUAUUGGUAGUUGAAAGUAUUGUUAAAUGAUCCAUAGUAUUUAAUAAACAAACACGCAAUGGUCAGGAUUGUUCUAAUUUUGUGAACGACGAGCGUUCAUAUUCUGCAGAGCUUUUAGUAGAAUUUUGUGGGUGCUGAUUCAGUGCAGGUGUAGUUUUUAGUGAGACACACUAGAUUGUGCAAAGUGAACAGUUACUGUACGUCUCCUGACCACUAUAUGAGUGUUUAGCUCUCAUGUACAUAAUUCAUUGAGACUAUUUGUUUAUUUUGUUCACAUUGUCACAUUGUGUAUAUUACCUGUUAAAUGGAUUUUAUAAAAACAGUUGCUUUUGAAUCUAAGGGAAAAUGCAUUGCAUGCGUAUUGGAAUAACACUAAAUUUUCCCAGUGUGAAAAUAUAUUUGUGAGUGGCUAUGUUUUUCUGUACUGGGUUUUGAAAUUGUAGACACUGUAUAAGUAAUGGUGUCACUAGAAUGUUUUAAAAAAGAUUAGCACUUAGGUUUGAUGGCUUUGAUUUAAACUGGUGAGGUAAACCCAGAACAAAACCCACUAAUGUGAGUAUAUGGGUGAAUUUUUCAAAGUCUAUCAAGAACAUGACACAUUUCACUUAAAAAUCAAAAGACAAAAUAACCCUAAAAAAAUAAAGCCUAUUAUGGUGCCAUUAACACUUUUUGCAUUGUGACAUAAUUUCCAUGACAUUACUGUAAGAUCAUUACAUUACAGUAAUUCUAAAGACAGUUUGUGAUGAUGGGGAUAAAGACGAGCCAGAGGCGCCAGUUCGAGAGAGAUACGCACGCAUUCGUGCUGAAUGUGUGUUCAUUUAUGUUUUAUGCUAUUCAUUUAUAUCAUUAAACAUUUUCGUUUCAGUUCAGCCGGUUCUUGCCUCAUCCUUGCCCGUCCUUAUACACUGUUACACAAUUAUAUAUUAUUAGUUAGUAAGUAUUUACUUGUACAUCAUGGUAGUAUUGAUUGUACUGUGUCCUUAAUUUAAACUGACUAAUUAAAAAAUAAUAAUUGUGUCUACACAGGAUGAGUUGCAUUACACUAUUGAGAAUCUACCAUUGGGAAUAAUGAGAAUUACAAACUAACUCAGAAGUAAAACACCUUGAUGCAUUACCUUAAUGAGAAUUAAAGGACUAUUCUGGGUUUAAUAUAAGUUAAGCUCAAUCGACAGCAUUUCUGGUGUAAUAUUGAUUGAACACAAAAAAAAUUUUUUUGGAGGGUUUAAAGGCCGUAAUGUGAAGCUUAUAAUUUUAUAAAAGCACAUUCAUUAAUUCUUCUAUUAAAACUCAUGUAUUAUUUGAACUGUAUACACAUAUAUACAAAGCUGCAGGUCUACAUCAACACCAUUCUUUGUAAUCUAGCCUGAAUUUCAGCCCAUUUGUCUGCAGGUCCUGUUCUUGAUUAAAUGGUCUGUAACUGAUAUUUAAAAAUGUGCAUAUUUUCUCACAAUAAAUAAAUAAAUACUCAUGUUCUAGUAAUAACAAGAUAUGCUGUACAAAUGGCAUUUAGUGAUUGUUAUAUUCUGGCUAGUAUGAUGUAAUUAUCUUGUUAUUACCAGAAAUGAGUUGAUGUGAUGUUUACAGCCAUAUAAUAAUAAGGUUUUACAACACAAUAUCUCUUAAUAGCAACAUAAUUGAAGGAAAAAAUGUAUAUGUACUGCAUGUGGCGGCAAUGCACCACUGUAAGAGAAUUGUGUUAUUGUGAAUUUGUGUUUGAUUUUGAG